ACGCGAGGUGGUCGAGGCCGAGCUCCUGGAGUCCCUCCAUUGGAGCUGGAGCCAUUGGGGCGCGUGCGAGACGAUGAAGAGAAGUCCGUUGCAAUACUGUCUCUCUAGGGGCCUCCCUGAACAAGAUUGGGAAGUCCACGAGGAGAGCCAGACAUGGGCACGCCACUACCGCCGUUGUUAGGCGUGGUGGGCCGUGAGGGAGGGCGUGCUACUUGGAGUGGUCGAGUUCCAUUUGCCGAUGGUAACGGUGGAACGGAGCCGUUGGACUGUGAGGGUGAACGAAUGCGGCGAUUUGGAAAAGGAGAUGCUCGCGACAUGCGAGUGGAGGAGGCGGUCUUGGGCUGUCAGACGUCCGCCUACAGUGAUGCCAACUUUGAUCAGGCUUCCUGUGUUCACCAACUGGUACUUACCACUGUGGCCUGUUCUCUUUUCCGACUGGCACCGUCUAUGCCUGAUUAUGUCCCGUUGCCUGGGAGCGACAUCCCUCCCUUCCUCCGAAUGGAGGGGCAGAAUCUAGUAUUCGAUCACGGUCCUCUCGGGGUCGCACAUUGUUUCUGGCGCAACAGCUCACAAGUAACGAAGGCUGUACUGCUGUUCAUCCCAGAUGGUGCAAGGGAAUCCCGGUCUCAUUGGCUUCUAUGACCAAUUCUUCGAUCUGCUGCAUGCCGCACAUCAUGGGUUAGCGAUAUUCGGCCACGCUCAUCUGGGCCACACGCCUGCCUCUGUCGUGGGACAUAAGUCCGCUGAACAUGAUAUUAAGGCUCAGAUUCAAAGUGCCACCGAGGCGCUUGAUGCUGUGCGCGGCGCGUUUAGUGGCCAGACGAAAAUCAUACUGUGUGGUCAUAGUGUUGGCUCUUGGAUAACCCUCCAGGUACUCAAGGCCCGCCCAUCAACAGUACACCGCUCAAUACUACUGUGCCCAACGAUUCUUCAGAUCGCAGACACACCAAAUGGCAGGCGCUUGUCUUGGCUUUUCAAACGUCCUAUACCUUGGAUUGUUUCUCGCGUUUCACCAUUAGCUCGUGCCGUUCCCCUUGGUCUGCUUUUCGCUCGCUGGCCCAAAGCGCUUGUGCUUGUCCUGCGGUCGCUUGUUCACUCACCUUCGAGCAUAUAUGCUUGUCUGUCCAUGGCCGGUGAAGAGAUGAAAGUCAUUCGCACACUAGACAGCGCGCUGUUAGAUGAGCACAAGGCUCGCAUAUGUGUCUAUCUAGCUGCGCAGGACGACUGGGUCGACCGACACAAGAACGAGAUCACCCCGUUCUUUGAAGAUUCGUCCAAUCUCUUCUACGACUCGUCAUCUCCGGUGCCGCAUGCAUUCUGUUUACAUCACAGCAAAGAGGUGGCCGAUCAGUGCUCACUAUGGUUACAACAAAUCGACUUGUAACUUUACUGAGAGAGACGUCGAAAGUAGAGAUAGAGGAAGUCCAUAAAGUCCAAGUACAAUCUUGUCGAAAUGUAUGCUUAGCUACACUAGUGAUCGCAAUGAU